CUUUAUUCAGUAAUCCUGUGACUGAAACCUGUGAUUCUUCUUCGUUCUUCUUCCCCCGCUCUCACUUUCUAUCUCAAAUCUCAACUGCAGCAAAGUAGUGGACGAAGGGAAGAAAGAUGAGGACGUCGGUGUUGAGAUCGGUGGCCGAAGCUGCCCUUAGAAACAGAAGCUCUUCAUCUUCCUCUCAUCUCCUUCGCCGAUGCUAUUCAUCCGAAUCGGCCCCCGAGCGCAAGGUCGCGAUCUUGGGUGCCGCCGGUGGGAUCGGCCAGCCCCUCGCUCUCCUCAUGAAGCUCAAUCCCCUCGUCUCUAAGCUUUCCCUCUAUGAUAUCGCCGGGACUCCUGGUGUCGCCGCCGAUGUCAGCCACAUCAACACCAGAUCUGAGGUUGCUGGCUUCAUGGGCGAGGACCAGCUCGGCCAGGCUUUGGAGGGAUCUGACAUCGUCAUCAUUCCGGCCGGUGUUCCUAGGAAACCUGGCAUGACCCGUGAUGAUCUCUUCAAUAUUAAUGCCGGCAUCGUCAAGUCUCUCUGCACUGCCAUCGCUAAGUACUGCCCUAAUGCACUGGUUAACAUGAUUAGCAACCCUGUGAACUCAACGGUGCCGAUUGCUGCCGAGGUUUUCAAGAAGGCGGGAACUUACGAUGAGAAGAAGCUUUUUGGAGUCACUACCCUUGACGUUGUUAGGGCUAAGACCUUCUACGCCGGAAAGGCAAAGGUUCCCGUUUCCGAGGUCAAUGUCCCUGUCGUUGGUGGUCACGCUGGGAUUACUAUUCUCCCUCUUUUCUCUCAGGCGACGCCAAAAUCCAACUUGGCGGAUGAUGAGAUUGCGGCUCUUACUAAAAGAACACAAGAUGGGGGAACGGAGGUCGUGGAAGCAAAGGCUGGAAAGGGCUCUGCAACAUUGUCAAUGGCCUAUGCUGGAGCCGUUUUUGCUGAUGCUUGCUUGAAGGGACUUAAUGGGGUUCCAGAUGUUGUAGAGUGUUCCUUUGUGCAAUCAAACGUCACUGAACUGACUUUCUUUGCUUCUAAGGUGAGGCUUGGAAAGAAUGGUGUGGAGGAAGUUCUUGGAUUGGGUCCCCUCUCUGAUUACGAGAAACAAGGCCUGGAAAGCCUAAAGCCUGAACUAAAAGCAUCAAUUGAGAAGGGAAUCAAGUUUGCCAGUGCAAAUUAGUUGAAAGUAAUGCAUGCACAAGCCGUGAAAGUAAUACAAUUUUGCAGUCAACUGUAUUACAUUGUUUACCCCAUUCAUGUUUUCCAUUGUUAACAUUUUGCUCCGUCUACCGGAACUGGGAGUCUGGGACUGGGACUGGGACUGGGACUGGGACUGGUUCUCCCGCAUUUCGCUGUCAUCAUCGUUGCAGUUGGGAAUUUGGAAUUGCUGAGUUGGUAUUAGAUGCCUUAAGGGCCUGCCAUAGGAAGAAACAUUUUCUAAUAAACAUUAAUAUACUUCUAUUUAAAUUUCUUGCUGUAGUGUAGGUGGCUUUCA